AUUCGUAUUCUGUCUCUCAGGUAUAAUGGACUAUUAUUAUAUAUAGCAUCAUCUACUUGUUUGCCCUAUUACUGUUGGUUGAUAAUGGCGGAUUCUAGCUCUAUUGAUUCCAUAUUAGAGUUUCUGCGGAAAAAUAAUUUUGGGAGUGCAGAGGCUGCUUUUCGUAACGAGCUUCUUAACCAUACUGAUUUGAAUGGUUUACUUGAGAAACUCAACCUUAAAGAGAAAGAUGUUGGUGAGAAGUCAGAGCAAGAGAAAAGGAACAAAACAAUUGUUGAAAAGCAAGGGGCUAGUAGUAGGAGCAGUGGUGAACUUUCAAAGGAGCUUAUUGUUAAAGAGGUAGACUGUGGAACUGAUUGUAGGCAGAAAUCAAUUGAUGUUUCUGUUGGGGAACAAGCUAAACAGGGUCAGGGUGAUAAGAACUUUGGUAUAUCCAAAGCGUAUGAGGAUACGGUACUUGGCACAUUCUCAUGGAACCUAAGCCCCAGUAAUUUCCCUGUUGACAAAUUUCAGAAUGUUGGAAACCUCAACACAGACAACUUUUGUGAAUUUCAGGUUUCCAGUAAUCAAAGGCCUUCUGCAACUGAGGUUUCUGAUGCUAGAAAACUCAAUCCAACGUCCAGGGAAGAGAAAGGUUCUAAUGAUGAGAAGAUAAAAUCAUGGGUUGGAAAUACUAGUAAAGAAGUGAAGACAGAUAGCUAUGUAAAUCAAGUUAGUCAGACAAAGGAACUAGGUCAAAAGCAGAAGAUAAGUUCUGUGACAUUUGAAGAUGGCUUUUCGUUUGUUGAUAACCCAUGGUCAAGAAGUAUAGAACCUACAAAAAACUCUUUUCAUAUGACAAAGGACAAUUCAAUUAGAACGGUGUUUCCAUCUCCUGACGUGGAAGCUUCAACCAGCUACAUCACUGACAAUGUAGGUGACAAGAGGGAGGUAAAGAGAAAAACUGAAUUCACUGACAUAAAGGCAGCAAUCAAGGCGGAAGUUGAUGAAGUUGGAAGGGCUUUAUAUUUUGGGAAAAUUGCUGCUGAACAAAAUAACGCCACUAAUUUGGGCUUUCCGCUUGCUUCCGAGUAUCCAAAGGAAGAGUUUCCUAGAUUGCCUCCUGUUAGACUCAAGUCUUGGGAAGAAAAGUUUGAUAAUGAUCUUCAGGUUUCAGAAAUUUCAAAUUCUGACAAUGCUUUCUUUAUAGGCUCAUAUCUAGAUGUUCCCGUCGGACAAGACCUUAACUUUGCAGGUGGAAAAAGAGGAGGCGGAGGAGGGGGCAGUUGGCUCUCUGUAAGUCAAGGUAUUGCUGAAGAUAAUUCUGAUUUAGUGUCUGGUUUUGCCACCAUUGGUGAUGGAUUGAGUGAAUCUGUUGAUUAUCACAAUGAGUACUGGGACUCUGAUGAAUAUGAUGAUGAUGAUGAUGUCGGCUACAUGAGACAGCCUAUUGAAGAUGAGACAUGGUUCCUAGCCCAUGAAAUUGAGAGUGUGCGAGAUCCUCAAGAGAGAGUUCCCAACAAAGAUGAGGAUGAUGAUCAAUCAUUUGCAGAAGAGGACUCUUAUAUCUCUGGAGAACAUUUCCAUUCUAAAAAUGUUGAUACGGUUACAGUUCCAGCUGAUCCUAUGGAUCUGUCAGUAACAAAGUUAUAUGGGCGAACAGAUGAAAGUGAUCUGAUAGCUCAGUAUGACGGACAACUGAUAGAUGAAGUAGAACUCAACUUAAUGCGGUCUGAACCAGUCUGGAAAGGAUUUGUAACUCAGGCAAAUGAAUUAAUUAUGUUAGGUGAUGAAAACAUCCUAAGUGAAUGUGGCAGAAAUACAUUGGAUGAUAUUUGCAUGGAUGAUGACCAGCAUGGUUCUGUGAGAUCCAUUGGUGUAGGAAUGAACAGUGAUGCUGCAGAUUUUGGAAGUGUAAGGGAAAGUUUGGUUGGUGGUAGUAGUGAGGGUGACUUGGACUACUUUCAUGACAACAGUGUUAGUAGAUCUAGAUAUUCACAGCAGGAAUCAGAUAGGAAAUACCUAGAAAAAACAAAUAUUGGGGGAAAGAAAACAAAUAAACAUGAUGCCAAUAAGUAUGUUUUGGAGAUGGAUGAGGAUGUGGGUAAGCAAGCAAAAGGCCAAACAGAUGGGGGAUUUUCAUUUCCACCCCCUAGAGAUGGGAAGUUGGAACAGUCUAGCAAAUCUUUGAGGUCAAAGAAGUUUGAAGCUGUUGGUAACGAUGAUAUUGAUGAACCUUUAAAUAACCAAGCCGAAGCAGAUGAAACGCUGGCUUCAUGGAGACAGAAAAGCACUGAUUCCUCACCUAUCAGGAGAUCAAUUGAUGAAAGUACUACCAACAGAGUGGAAUCAGCAGAUUCAACCCCAUCAACAAUCUCAAAUUUUGGUCAUGGUGAAAAAGAUCAUGUAAAGAAAGAUACGGGUGAAGAAGAUACUAAUCUGAGGGAGGAAGAUCCAGGGGACUUAUUAGAUGAUGAAGAGGCAGUUGCAGUGCAAGAGCAGGUAAAGCAGAUAAAAAUGCAGGAAGAGGAGUUUGAAACCUUUGAUCUCAAGAUUGUCCACAGGAAAAACAGGACUGGUUUUGAGGAAGACAAGAAUUUCCAUGUAGUUCUGAACUCAGUUAUAGCUGGCCGCUAUCAUGUGACUGAGUAUCUUGGAUCAGCUGCAUUCAGUAAAGCCAUCCAAGCUCAUGACCUUCACACUGGCAUGGAUGUUUGUGUAAAGAUUAUAAAGAACAACAAAGAUUUCUUUGAUCAGAGUCUUGAUGAGAUAAAGUUGCUAAAGUUUGUUAACAAGCAUGAUCCUGCUGACAAGUAUCAUCUUCUUCGGCUGUAUGACUACUUCUAUUAUCGUGAGCAUUUGUUAAUUGUAUGUGAGCUUCUUAAGGCAAACUUGUAUGAGUUCCACAAAUUUAAUAGAGAAUCAGGAGGAGAGGUGUACUUUACAAUGCCCAGGCUACAGUCAAUUACUAUUCAGUGUCUAGAAGCACUUCAAUUUUUACAUGGCCUUGGGCUGAUACACUGUGAUUUGAAACCUGAGAAUAUCUUGGUUAAGAGCUACAGUCGGUGUGAAAUUAAGGUCAUUGACCUUGGUAGUAGUUGUUUUGAGACAGAUCAUCUAUGUUCAUAUGUUCAGUCCAGAUCCUACCGUGCACCAGAGGUUAUCCUUGGAGUUCCAUAUGACAAGAAGAUCGAUAUAUGGUCGCUUGGUUGCAUCUUGGCAGAACUUUGUACAGGCAAUGUACUUUUCCAAAAUGAUUCACCUGCUACAUUACUUUCUCGAGUGAUUGGAAUUAUAGGUUCAAUUGACCAAGAAAUGCUAGCAACUGGAAAAGAUACCUCCAAAUUCUUCACAAAAAAUCAUAUGCUUUAUGAGCGUAACCAGGAAAGUAAUCGGCUAGAGUAUUUGAUUCCUAAGAAGAGUUCACUAAGGCACAGGUUACCUAUGGGAGAUCAAGGGUUUAUCGAUUUUGUAUCUCAUCUUCUAGAAAUAAACCCAAAGAAACGCCCUUCGGCUUUGGAAGCUCUGAAACAUCCAUGGCUAUCGUAUCCUUAUGAACCCAUAUCAUCGUAAAACAAUCAUGUAUCAUAUUCUUAAUAUUUGAAGAAGAAGAGAAGAAGUGGGGAAAUCUGGAACUGAUGUUUGUUAUUGCUAAGAAUUUGGGAAUCUACUCAUUGGAGUCGGUUUGUAUGUAGUUCCCGUAUUUUUGGAGUUCUUCGUUUAUGGAAGAUCGUGAUGGUACGUAUUUUAUUCUAUAUGUGUUGUACAUGUGAUGAUGAUUAUUCUUUAGGGGGUAUUAUUAGUAGAUUGAUGUGUUUUAUUUUUAGGGGAUAAUUUGUUCUUCAGGUAAUACACAAGUCAUAGCUGCUUUGUGUA